AUGCUCCAAGACGCUUUGGCGGCGCCACACCUGCGCUGCAUGCUUUUGCGCAAGGACAGCUCCCACAGCCACCUUGCGUUUGACGGAGAUGCGGUGAUCGCUCUCAUCCUGCACGCCAUUGGAAAGAAGUACACCGAUCAUGUCGGUGUUCGUGCCGCCAUUGUCGCUCAUGUCGGAAGCAACGCGGCCCUCGCUAGCGUCUGCCUCGAGUCCGGCAUCCUGGACAUGGCCUUCUCGCUCGCGACGCGUAAUGGUAAACUCACGCUCGUCCCCACGAAAGUGGCGGCAGACAUUCUCGAGGCGGUGGUCGCGGCCACCUACAAUCUUCUGGGUUUUGCCAAGACCGAGGAAUGGUUUGAGGAGAUUGCGCGUCCGUGGGUCGAGGAGGUUGUGCGUAAGCUCAACUUUUAA